CAAGGGCCAAACCCCUGCUCCACUGACCUCUUCCCUGGAGGAGCAGAGCAGAGCAGCACUCGGGUCGCCCUGAGGAGGGCUGAGAGGCGGGCUCUGGCUGGGGACAUAGGGACCACAGAGCCCUGGCAGGGGCUGCAGCCAGAGACCGAGAUGGUCAUGGAGGAAGCUGUCCAGGGGCUGCUGUGACUGAGAGGCCCCAAGGCAGGCAACUGGGAGCAUAAGGCCCUUCAGCAGAGUGAGUUGGGCCCCAGCAUCUAAAAAUCUCAAAGACAAUAUGACUCAGUCAGACAGGAAGAGGCGGUCCACCCGUGUGUCCAAGGUGGUCUCGACACCUACAGCAACAAAGAUGCAAGUCAUAUGGCAGAACGAGAAUGUUCGAGAGUUCCUGGCGGAGUUCAUCAGCACGUAUGUCAUGAUGGUGUUCGGUCUCGGCGCUGUGGCCCACAUGGUUCUAGGAGGUAAACUGGGGAGCUACCUCGCUGUCAAUUUGGGUUUUGGCUUCGGAGUCACCAUAGGUGUGCACAUGGCGGGGAACAUCUCUGGGGCCCACAUGAAUGCGGCCUUGACCUUCACCAGCUGUGCACUAGGCCGCAUGUCCUGGAAGAAGUUUCCCGUGUAUGUUCUGGGUCAGUUCCUGGGCUCCUUCGUGGCGGCGGCCACCAUCUACGGCCUCUUCUACAACGCUAUUAUCGACUUCUCGGGGGGAAAGCUGAUGACGACCGGCCCCACAGCCACUGCUAACAUUUUUGCCACCUACCUUCCUGACCACAUGACACUGUGGAGGGGCUUCCUGGAUGAGGUGGUGGUGACUGGGAUGCUUCAGCUGUGUCUCUUAGCCAUCGCAGACAAGGGGAACAACCCAACGCUGUUGGGGACGCAGGCCAUUGUGACUGGCAUCCUUGUUGUCAUCAUCGGAAUAUCCCUGGGCAUGAACUCAGGAUAUGCCAUCAACCCAUCCCGGGACCUGCCUCCCCGCUUCUUCACCUUCCUCGCUGGCUGGGGCUCACAAGUCUUCAGAACCAAGGACUGGUGGUGGGUGCCGGUGGUGGCACCACCCCUGGGUGCCUACUGUGGUGCCAUCAUCUACUUGUUCUUCAUUGGCUCCAACAAACGACAGGAGCCCCAGGUCCUGGAGAAUCCCUUGACGCUUGAAGACCACAGAAUAUCUGUGUUGCCCAAGACCACAUCUCACCAGCCUGGGGUCGCUUCCCUCACCCCUGUUUCCGUGUACCCCGAAGAUAGACCCUCAGUCUUGUACCACCCUUAAGUGACUCCAACUGCCUAGAGCCCCUCUAAGACUAUUUGUGACCCUACAUCCACCCCAAUAAAGAAAGCCUUGUCCCACAGUGGCAACCCCACUUCUUGGGGGCCUCCUGUGGUGGGGCUUACCUCCUGGGUUCUCUCAGAAGCUCCCAGGUUAUGCUGUAGCCCAAGGCUGGGCAGGAGCUGAGGGGCCUCCAACUCCUGCCAGCCCUGGGAGCUGGGUGGCCCCCAGGGGAGCAAGUAGAAGGGCCGAUCAGUGGCCUCAUUAAGAUAGGACUAGAUUAGAAGAGCCCGGACAGGGAAGGGUGGGCUGCCAGGCACAGGACAGGGAGGGGAUGGCAUGGGGGAGGGAUUCCAGCUGGCAGGUGGGGGUCAGCCCUGGAGGAACCUUGAGCUGCCUUAGGAGAAGACUCUGGACUCUCCUUCAGUCUUGGCCAGUCCUUGGACCAGGCAAGGCAAGGCCCCACUGUGUGGAUCAGAGUUUCUCAACAUUUUUGUUUUCCUUAGUCUCCCCUCCUCAGGAGCCUUUUAGGCACUUUUUUCCCUUAAUUGCAUGAUAUUUUAUUUAUUUAUUUAUUUUUGCAUGAUAUUUUAAUACCACAGAUAUACCGUGUAUCUGUUUGUGUACUGUACAUAUAUCUUUGCUUUAUACAAAAAAAGUAAGAUUUUUAAAAAUCUCUCCCUUUCAAGGAUCCAAUUUUUUCACCCAUGGGAGCAUAAUCACCCCACCCUUGAAAAUGCCUGAAGUAGAAUGAGAGGAGGUAAGAGGCAGGCUCUGCCUUCUUGGUGGGGGCAGAGCUCUCCCACCAUGAGGAAUUCCAGAGUUGGAAAGGAAGAAGCAGAGAGGAAAAUCCUGUCAAAAGGCAGGGGGCAGGAAAUGGUCUCAUGAGGUUUCGGGGAACAGGUGCAGAGCCGGGGCAGCCAGGGUCCACCGAUCCCAGGCUGGGAGGAUCAUCCUGCUUCUGGGACUCAGAAGGCAGUAUCACCCAUGGCUUCUGUCCCUGCUUCUGCUUUUAGCCUUUCAACAGCCAUUGAGCACCUCCUGUGUACAGGCUCUGUGGGUAAGGUUGGGUCUCUGUCUUCAAGGAGCACAGUCCCUACUCGGGACAGGUGAUCACAAGGAAAGAGCUGAGGAGUGAAGAAGGGGCUGCGUGUGGGGCUCAGAGGGGGCUCACAGCUCAGUCUUGAGCUGAGGCCACAGAUGGCUUCCUAGAGGAUGAGACAGAGCAAGGGUGGUGGGGUGGUCUUUUCUGGAGUUGGAUACUGAAUUUCAUGGUUUGAGGAGACAGGGCAGGGUGGGGGGUGGGUAGAGGAUGCUGGUUUUCCUUCUGGAGGUGGGGACCUGGUGAGAUGAGGUUUAGAAAGCCCACCUGAGCUGCAGUUUGCAGGAUGCUGGAAAAGGGGGAGACUGGGGCCUGUAAGGAAGUGUGGGGCAAGGCUGUUCCAGGAGGGGCGGCGGGACAGCUCACAGGUUAGUGCUGGAGGGUGGACAGAAGAGAAAGGACUCGCCUGACACCAAGGAGGUAAAAGCCUCAGGCUAGGCUCAGACUGGAGGGAGGAGUGGGUGAGGACGGGCCAGGGGCCAGGGCUGCCUUCCAGUUUCUGGCUUGGGCCUGGGGUACUGGAGAUGUCCCCACUGAACAUGAAGAAUGGGAAAGGCACUGGUUUGAAGAGGAAGAUGAUAAUUUAUACGGGAGACACAUCGACUUUGAGUUGCCUAUGGGACUUGGGCAAUAGGUGUGUAGAGUCCUGGGCAAGUUACUCUGACUUGCUGGGCCUCUGUUUUCUCAUUUGUAAAGUAUCAAAAUACCUACCUUUUGUGUUGGUGUGAAUAUUAGAUGAAACAAAACAUGUACAAUGCUGAGGACGGUGCUUGGCACAGAGUCAGUGCUCAAUAAAUGAUUCUGCCUUU